UUUAAAAUUAUAAACAUUCAGCAUUGGCCAUGCUGUCAAUGAAUCAUCAUUUGUGCCUUGCUCAAAACAACAGUUAACUCGGAACUCCAAAAUCGGACUUUAGUGAGUUCAAGACAACUGAGAAAAUACUGGGGAAAAAAAAUACUUUUUGAACUUUCAUCCAACUCGGAAUUGUACAUUUGGAACUCAGGCUUCUUUUUAGAGCUACAACGUGAAGAUCACUGACAAUCAUCAUGAUUCAACUCUUUUUUUCUCGAGUUCCCAGUUGUCUUGAAAGCACCAUAAAUCCAGAGAAUGCCAGACUUUGAUGACAAAGUUUGAUGGCAAAAUUUGCCCACGAAGGACCGCCGCGACACCUCGCUGUUCAAGUGAGCACAGCACAACAAGAUGCCGAUCGUAUGAGGACUGUUGUGGGACACGGUGCUGUGUCCGAGCCCUCUCCAUCCAGAGACUAUGGUACUUCUGGACUGCAGCAGGCCAGCAUGCAGAACUAUGGGGACCCAGGAGGGAUGAUCCUCACCCCUACCUUCCCCUACAGCCCCCAUCCCUACCCCUCCCACUUGGCAGCACCCUACCCACACCCAACCCCUCCUGCUUACUGCAACCUCCCUCCUCCACCCUAUGAACAGGUGCUGCAGGCCUCCGAGAAGAGGUAACCUGGAGGAAAGACAUUGGAAUUAAUGAAAUGAUUUCAAACCCUUCAGAGUUCCCAACGCCGCCACAACUGGCAGCAGAGCGAGAGAGAGUUCUCUGCACAUCAAUAAGGUAGGGUCACUAUCCUACGUUUUGACUCAUGAGUAAAAAGCGAGUCUGAUAUUCUAGACUACUAGAAAUGGAAUACCAUCUCUACAUUAAAAACAUCUCAUUAAGGGACGCUUUCCCGGACACAGAUUAACGCUGGCCCUGGACCAAAAAGCAUACAUUUAAAUAGCUUUUUAGUCCGGGACUAGGCUUAAUCUGUGUCUGAGAAACCAGCCCUGAAAGCAGCUUCAGUCUGUAUCACAAUGAAUCGGUGUCAAAGUGUUUGUUUUGACGUCACCUCUCGAAGAGACCCAACAGGAUAAAAACAGACAUGGAUUCAGAAAGAGAGGUGCUCUGUCAACAACACUGUGUCAGCUGGAAGAGCAGCAUCUAUCUGAGCACAACUCACUCAGAUCACCCACUCAGGAUACUGUAUUAUCGCCCACUGUCUGGUAUGUGUUUAAUAUCACUGCGGUUGGAGCAUUUAGUAUCUCUAGUUGAGGAACAAGUUUACUGUAGAUCAGAAGCCUGUAAUGCUGUGGACAUACUAUAGUCAUGGCAAAUCAGUUUAGCUUUGUCUCUUAAUUCAUUUUGGUGCAUGACUUUCCUCUAUAUUUUAUGCAAUUUGCUAAUGAAUUCAGGUAAAGUGUGGUCAUUGUUUAAAAAAAAAAUACAAAAAAAAAAAAUCACAGUAUCCUGAAUUAACAGAGGGUAAAUAUAUCACCAGCUUGCCUAAUAAAGUGAUUAGUCUGG